GGACGACAGCGACGACAAGGGACAGAAACGAUUUGCAGUACAGCUUUACUGGGCCUCACGUGCAUAGGUAGCCUUCAGGCACACGUUGCCCUCAUAGGUCCAGAAGCCUGUAACAUCGCACGUCACAUCACUAUCACCAACAUCCGAUGAGUUCCUUCGGCAGUCCGGGCGGAGGACCGGCAUAUUCCAAGCCCACGCCUCCGCAGCGGGGUAGCUUCCCCCUCGACCACGAUGGAGAGUGUAAACAUGUCAUGGCUUCAUACUUGUCUUGUAUGAAGAAAGUUUCUGGCGUCAAUGAUGCCGCGUGUCGAGAUCUGGCUAAGUCUUAUUUGACCUGCCGCAUGGACCGCAACUUGAUGGCCCGAGACGACUUCAAAAACUUGGGAUUCGGGAACGAUUCUCAUGAAACCAAGCGGACGGGUGGGCAACAAUCACAGGAUGGUGAAGGAACUAAAGGAGAAUUGCGAUGGUAAGAGAAUGCUUUGGCUCAGGUAGCCGGCUUUGCUACAAGCCCUUGGCGCAUGCUGCCCUACGAACGGGUUUGGUUUGUAGGUGUGCAACCGAGCUUGAUAAUAAUAGGAACUUGAUAUCUAAUCCGCAUGUGAU